AUGGCACCUAAAAUUCAUGACACCAGCGAUCACAGUUUUAUACCUAGCAAUGAGUUGUACAAACACUUUGUACGAAUUUUGCAUUUCACCUGUUUAUAUUUUCCACAAGGACCCGGUGUUCUGAGACAUUGUUUCGUCAUCUACCGAUCACAGGACACAGCUUCUCUGCUUGUCGCUCUUGGAAUGUUUGUGUACAGUAUUGGUUAUGCCUACCCAGCUACAUGUUCGUGCUACUCAAUCUCUGUCCAUUUACCAACAUUAUUAUCGCAACUGGACGAGUAUAGAAUGCGUAAUGGUGAAUUUAUUAACAUUAAAACUCUUCGUAGACUUCAUAUAAUUUUUAUAUUGAGCUAUGUAUUAGGUGUUUUAUUGGUAGCUCUUAUAAUGAGUUUAUGUCUCUUAAUACACGUUGUAUGGAUUGACAUAAGUGAUCUCUUUUACCCGUUUACUACCGAUACACUUACUUACGCCACUGCUACGUUUAUUUACUUCUUCCUGAGUGCAUAUGCCGCUUCAAGCAUCCCUUUAAUACAGAUAGCACUUUACAUAUCAAUUUGCUGCAUAGUUCAUGCCGAGAUUGAUAAUUUAUCUAAGCAGUUGAUGAAAAUAACAAAAGAUAGAAACGAACAACUACCAAUCGCAUUCGAAGACGUGUCGACGAAGCAGAUGAACGCGAUCGAUCAAGACGUAACUUUUAUACCAACUCUUAAUACAAAUUCUUCCACAUACAGCUCGAACUACAAAUCCAUCAAACUCGAAAGGACGCUGGAGGAACUACGUCUUCGAUAUGAAGCUGUACUCGAUAUCAUCGCCAAAGCUAAUGAAUUUCUACAGCACUUGUUCUUUGCUAUCUUGGCGAGUUCCAUUCCAGUAUCAUGCUUAAUACUAUAUGGAAUCAUUACACUUAAUUCCAAUCGGCCGCAGAUGAUAUAUACCGGUUUGACGAAUAUUCAAGUAUUUAAUUUGCUAUUUUUGAUCCUGAUUUUAGGAACAUAUACAGCUAAUAAGGUAAAGCAACCAGUGGAAUAUGCCAUGAAAAUUAACAACAGAAAUCUCUCAGAGAAAGCUUCAUCGUCUUUACAGUUAAUGUCUGUCAGAUAUCUUGCACCUUGUCUCGGUUUUAAUGUGUAUGGUUUGUUCUCUUUGGACAGCAGUACAUUUCUAACGGUCAUUGGUACAUUAAUAACCUAUGCUGUUGUAAUAUAUCAAUUUGCUCAGAGUCCAUCCAGUAGCUAUCAUUGCCUCAAUAACGGAACAGAUGUUGCCAAUGUCACUUACCAAAUAAACAGAUAG